GGCACCUACGCAGCCUCAAAGAGUACAGGAAGCCGAAAAAGAUACUCGGCGUUCUAUGCCGGAACGUUGAGAGGCGAGCAGCGCGCUGCCAUUGGUCGCUCGGCGGGGUGUUUGGCGUUUGGCUUCGGCCGACGUUCCAUCGCUGGUGCUGAGCGUUUCCUGCGCGGUGGCGUCGGGGUGCUGGGUGCUCUCCGCUCUGCCCGCUCCCCCGGGUCCGCUUCCAGGUCCAGGCACAGGGUUAACAAUGGCAGACUACGGCCACAAGCAGGGGAAGAGGCGGGACGAGAGCAACCUGGGCAGCGCGGUGGACUUCCUGUUGGCCAAUGCCAGGUUGGUCCUGGGCGUCAGCGGAGCAGCUGUGCUGGCGAUCGCGACGCUUGCUGUGAAGAGGCUCAUCGACCGGGCCACCAGCCCGCCGGACGAUGAAGACGACAUCAAAGCCAAGCAGAAGUCCUUGGAGGAAAGUUGGCAGGAGCUGAGCUUGAUCAAAACGGUGCCCAAAGUGCGGCAGGAAGACCUCGAGGAGCCACUGCUGUCUCCAGUCGUGGGUGGGACUCCGCAAGACCCCAAAAGCGGUGCCCUGCCCUCUGAGGCCCCCCUGGUGGAACCGAGGGCUCGGCUGUGCCUGACGCUUCAAGAGAAGCUUCUCUCCUACUACAGGGACCAUGUCUCCGUCUCCGAGGAGGAGAAGGCUCUGGGGAAGCAGCUGGCAGGGGACAUCUGCGGAGAGCUGCAGAAGUUCCUGAAAAACAAGUACCCAGAGCUGCCCUUUGGACAGGCGUUCCUCAGCGGCUACCUUUGCGACGACCUCAUCAUCAGCAACCGCCUUGAGGUGGCCUUCAUGCUUCCGUUGAUGCUGGAACCCGACCUUUGGCUCCUGAUCCCCGGAGAACAAACGGUUGUGAAUGACCCUUGUUUCGGGAUGGUCAGGCGGACUGGCCUGGAGUAUUUCCCGCGCGGAAUCAGCCCAUGGGACAGGUUCGUGGUGGGUGGGUACCUCUCGUCCAACACCAUCAACAAGACCCUCCAUAACGUUUUGGUGGCCUCUAUUAAUUGGCCGGUGAUUGGCAGCAGUCUGGAUUGCGUCAUCAGGCCUGUGAUGGAUCCCAAAGAGCUUAAGUUGGAAGUCCGGCAUGCCCAGAUCCGCCUGGACAUAAACCUCUGCCCCAUGGUCGAAGAGGGGGAUAAAACCCUUCUUCCUCCAUCCUUUGUAAAACCGGUGGAGAACCUCUGGCAACGGAGCUUUUACGCAGCAGAGGUCUCGGCGCUGAAAGACCUCGACGCCGGAGAUGAUGGUGCCCGGCAGGGUUGCCUCAACAUCUUGAAGGUCAUCUUCGAAAACCAUCCCUCCUGGAGCAAGCUGGGCAGCACCCACUUGACUCACGCCAUCCUACACCUGAGCGAAACCGAAACCGAUUGGUCAGAGGCAGCGUUGGCGGACAGGUGCCAGCAGGUGCUGGAGGAACUGGUCCAGUACUUGGAGAUAGCUUCCCUCCCUUGCUUCUUCGACAGCAGGAUAAACCUUCUCGGCCACCUGGCCUCGGAGGAAAUUGAAGAGAUCGGCUACACCUUGUACGAGGCUUUAGCGGAGCCAGAUCUGGCAGCUGGACUCUGCUUAUGAACAGGCGACUCGGUGGCGAAAACUUCACUCAUCUCCGUUGGGGGUCAGACAGAAUCCCCGUGAUGCAAUUCUUUGCACCCUAAUGGAAUGGAAGUAUUCUCAAAGUAAAAUAGGGCCUAGGUUGAAAAAUGGGAACCUUUCCCUCUGACCUAGAUAUUUCUGAAAUCUAGGGCAGGUAGUGUUACUUUCCAGUGGUUACAUCCCAUGAUAUUCUGUAGGAUUACUGAAUCAGGGUGGAAGGGGGUCUUUGCCUCCUCCUAGCUGGUUUAUCCGUCCCUACGUAAUUGGACCGUCGUGAAACGGACCUAUAGGGGCCCAGUAUCCUAGCAGCACCCCAAAUAUAAGGCUCCAUUAUCUGUAAUUUGUAUGUAUGGGGCGAGUCUGUUUUAUUGCACUAUGUGGAAGUCCUGGAAGAGAUGCCUGGGGUGGGUGGAGACUUCAGUAGGCUUUUGCUGAAUCAGUGAGGAUCUCACCUUUGGUGCUAAAGCAGCUGCUUCUCCGUCACCACACAGGCAGCAGAAAGUCCUCCCACCUGUGAUUUCCAGGCCUCAUCCAGGUGCUUGGAAUGAGCACCCCAAAAAACUAAGUCUCACUAUCUGCAAAUGGUUGUGGCUAUGUUCUUUGUGGCACAGUGUGACUCACUGUUGUUUUCACUCUUUAUUUUUAAAUAGCAGGUGGCUAAAAAUAAAACGACCCCCCCCCCCAUUGGCCUUUCCUGCUCAGAGCACAUCCCGAAACUGAAAUGAUGGGGCUCCCUUCUCUACCUCAUGGGGCGCAAAACUACACAACUUUGUCCCCGUCCCCCCACCUGUUAGAUAUAACGACACCAGUGCUAGAAAUUUAAUCAAGUGCCAAAGGACAGUUGGGGUGUGGGGAGAGAGGUCUCUAAAUCCUGGGUAUUUUUCAACUCUCUACUUGGGUAAACUGGAAAGUGCAAUUGUCUCAGCCGUAACUCUUCAUUUAAAGAGGUCUGAAUUCCCAUUGUAGCGCCAACUUGAAGUGUUCCUGCUGAGGCUAACCUGUAUCAAAAUCAAAAGUUUGCAAUUCGUAGGUGUGUGACUCUGUAUGCCUUGCUUAGUUCUGCACUUGUUGAAACGUAGAGGUCAUUGCUGCUGAGACACAAAGGUAUAGUCAUGGGUUUGGACACGGGACAAGGCUGCAAGAGAGCUUGUGUGCACAUCGGCUUUUCUGAACAAACAAGCCUGGUUUAGUGAGCCUCUCAAGGAUUUGUGACUGUUCCCCGAGCAGUGCUUGCCAUAAACCAUCAUAGUCUGCAAUAUUUUUUUUUAGGAGUGUGUACAUUCCCUGUAGAAUGCAAAAGGGAAAGGUACCUACCCACCUUAUUGGCUUUAACUGGGAAUAGAAGCAGUUCAUAGCGUUCUCUCAAGAGAUAACUGUUCAGGAUUGUGUUUCUCUAGAGAUCUUUGCCUAUACUCUGACGUAUAGAAAACCACAAUUGUUGCAAAAAGCCAUAUACAGAAGAGUGCUAUACCUUCCCCCCCCUCCUCCUACUCUUAACUGGAACUUAUGAUCCUGUGCAGUGGUUUUGCACAGAAAAUAUCUAAAGUAGGGGCAGAGAAGCUGUGGUCCUGCAGAAUUUGUUGGGAUUCUAACUCCCACUGUCCCUGACUCUGGGCUAUGCUUGCUGGGGCUCAUGACAGUUGGAAUUCAACAUCAUUCGGGAGGGCAAAGGUUCCCUUGUUCCUCGUCUGAAUGUACAGAAUGUACAAGCAGAAGUUUCCCUGCUCUUCCCUUACGAUUUUACUGUGGUUGAAAUCUUCUAGCCGGCUUUUCUGGCUAGAAGGAACAACCACAACUACGUAAGGAAACUUUGCUGCUAAAAUGUGUUUAUAUAGUGGCAAUAUUAAUCGGAAAUGUGCAAGGGCUUGAGCUGAUGUCACAAAUGAAAUAAAGAAUGAAUGAUUAUGGGCAGAAAUUGCUGUAUAGUGGGCUUUUUGUGAGUGAAACAAAGCUUAAAUUCAUCCCUGGAACUUGCACAGGAGGCUGAUAAUAGGAAUGUAUUGCCAAAAUCUUGCUGAUCUGAUCGUAAGACAUGAAUUGCUUUUAUAGUAAGGAGCCUGCAAAAUUUGAAUAAGGAAAAGUGAAUGCUGUUUUUUUUUUUAGAGAAGCAGGUUUGUGCAUACUGUUGGAUGAGGGAAUCUUGGAAACUUUAACCAGGUUUACAGUGCACACACACACACACACACACACACACACACACACCGGUGGUACAGUGGACGCUUGGGUUGCUAAACUGUGCUAUGCGCAGAAGCGCUGAAACCCAGAAGUAACCCGUUCCGGUACUUCCGGGUUCAGCACAGUGAGCAACCCAAAAACGCACAACCUGAAGCGUCUGUAACCCGAAGUAUGACUGUAUUUCGGAUGAGGCAUGGGAUGAUGGCAUGAUUUCUAUGGCGUAUGUGAUAUGCUCUCGUUCCCUUAGAGACUACUGUACAGAAGGGAGAGGAAACAUUUUCCCAUAUGCUCUAGGUAAAAAUAAAGGCAAAGGCUAUAUGCAAAAAAACAACAACUGCAUCCUAUUCACAGUAUAUUUUAAGCCUGAUUCAAUUCCUGGAGCUUUGCAGAAAUGUUUUUGACCACACCUUGCAAGAGGAAGAACGAACAAGCCCCACAAAACCAGACUGUGUCAGCACUGUGAUGUCACGUUAGUUUCAACACUUCAACAUACUUAGCAUUCCACCACUGGAGAACAAUGGAGGGGAGGGCAUUGCUGGCUGAUCUGCAGGCCCUGGUUUCUUGAAGCAAAAAAGGCAAGGGAAGGAAGCAACCUUUCACAGCCAAAAAGGGGGAGCUUUGCACUUUCAGAGUGGUGAGGAAAGGCUUGAAAGUAAGCAGGCAGCAUUUUAACAGAAACACAGACGUUAGUCCCGGUGGUUCCCGCCAUAGCUAUGUGCCUCACUCUUCCUUCCCUGGAGAGGGGGAAGAGCACUACACCAUCUUUCAUUGUGCAAUCUGUGAUACUCUGGCUGUUGGUUAUAAAAUGAGGCACAGUACCAAAACCUCACGUACCACAUGUCAAAUUACCCGAACCAGUUUGUAAUCAGGAAGCUGUUUGCUUUUAAUCAGAACGUUUACCAGACAACAACGUGAGUUGUAGAGAUGUUGUCUGCAUCCCACAUCCCUCUUCCUCUUAUAUAAGGUGCUGAGGCUUGCUGUCCUCAAGGACUUCUCGGAAUGGAGGUGGCAUACCUAGUGGCGUUCAGUAAACAAAGCUGUUGCGUUCUCCACCAUUGUUAGUACACUGACUUUUAACGUUUUCUAGGGAAGAGCAGCAGGCUCGACAGCUCUUUCAGUCACAAAACCUUUGUACUAGUGGCUAUUGCUUUGGAAAAGCGACACACAUAGUUCAGGACCCAUGAAAAAGUAAGAUGAGGGUUUGUAAAUCACAGCCACAG